AUGCCCAUCGAGAUAGUCUGCAAGAUUAAGUUUGCAGAUGAAGAUGGGAACCAGAAGGAGAAGGAGGAAGGUGAAAGCGAAAGCUUGAUUGGGGACGAGAUUCCUGUUGUUGGAAGGGACUUGGCAGGUUUUGCUAGCACAAGUACCCUGCACGGCCUGCGGCAUAUCUUCCGAACGGGCAGAUUGGGCAUCAAACAGACUCUCUGGGCUUUGGCAUUCUUGGCGUCGCUGUUAUUCUUUCUGUACCAGGCAGCCAAAUGUGCCUUGUUUUACCUCGAGCACCCACAUGUCACUGCCUUGGACGAGGAGGUGAUGAACGAGAUGAUGUUUCCAGCGGUCACCAUAUGUAACAUCAACCGUUUCCGGCACUCGGCUCUCACCGAUGAAGACAUUUACCACUUGGCCAAUUUGACUGGACUCCCACCAAAGGACCGGGAUGGACACAAAGCAUCGGAUUUAAUGUACCCCGACCCUGACAUGCUGGACAUAGUGAAUCGGACUGGGCACCAACUGGGAGAGAUGCUAAAAAGCUGCAACUUUAGUGGGGAAAACUGCACUGCUCAAAACUUCUCGGUGGUUUUCACCAGAUAUGGGAAAUGUUACACUUUCAAUACCGAUAAGAGGAAGCCGAAGGUGACCAGGCAGGGCGGGAUGGGGAACGGACUGGAGAUCAUGCUGGACAUCCAGCAGGAGGAAUACUUACCCAUCUGGAGAGAGACAAAUGAAACAUCAUUUGAAGCUGGCAUCAGGGUGCAGAUCCACAGCCAAGACGAGCCCCCUUAUAUCCACCAGCUGGGGUUCGGAGUGUCUCCGGGAUUUCAGACGUUUGUCUCUUGCCAGGAGCAGAGGCUUACAUACUUGCCCCAGCCGUGGGGUAACUGCAGAGCCAGCGUGCCGGGGGAGCAGUUUUUGCCGGGAUACAACUCGUACAGUAUCUCUGCGUGCCGCCUGCAGUGCGAGAAGGAGGCCGUGCUCAGAAGAUGCGGAUGCCGCAUGGUUCACCUGCCGGGCAAUGAGACCAUCUGCUCCCCCAAUCUGUACGUCGGAUGCGCCGACCAUACCCUGGACUCCUUGGUGGAGGACAGCGGCGACCGGUGCUCCUGCCCCACACCGUGUAACCUAACCCGUUACGGGAAAGAAAUCUCCAUGGUCCGGAUUCCCAACAAGGGAUCCGCUCGCUACCUGGCUCGGAAGUACAACAAGAACGAGACCUAUAUCAGAGAAAACUUUCUGAUCCUGGAUAUAUUCUUUGAAGCUCUGAACUAUGGAACAAUAGAACAAAAGAAAGCCUACGACUUGGCCAGCUUGCUCGGGGACAUCGGAGGACAGAUGGGUCUUUUUAUCGGUGCCAGUUUUCUUACCAUCCUGGAAAUUCUAGAUUACCUGUAUGAGGUGAUACGAGAUAAAGUUAACCGUGUUUUUAAGAGGAAACCUUCCCCAGCCAAGAAGCCAACUGAGAACAUUGCAACACUUGUGAUGGAUGACCUGAAGGAUCAGGGCUCCACUGAGGUACGAGGAAGGCAUCCGGAGGGAGCCUAUGCCACCACGAUGCUCCCAAACCACCAUAGGCAUUACACCCAUCAUGGUGUAUUUGAGGACUUUGCUUGCUAGAUACCAGAAUGACGGCGUUUAACCCACCACAACCCAAUGAGAUUCCUUGGUGGUAGUAAAGACAACAUCUAUGGAUCGCACCCCGGCUCACAGUUACCCCCCAAGGAAACCCAAAACCCAAACAUUGUUUAGCCCACAGAAUGUUGAUGGAGAGGACGCAUUCACAAUUAUUUAAGGCCGGGAGAACGUGGGAAGACAUUUCUCUGCAAAUACAGUAACUCCUUUCUAUGGUCUGUCUGUUACAGAAGAAAGCCGAAAGUCCACAAACCAUAGAGAGGUGCGACGACUCAUCUGUCUGGGACCCUUUCUGAUCUGAUCUCUUGGGGGGUCUAAUGUGCUUCUCGUGGAAGAUUAAAAUGAGCAGAUAGAAUUUAAGGAAAAUGUCCUUUUCAAAACAAAA